GAACAACAUCGUCACUGCGGCCAGUUUCCUGGCUAGACAGACUGUACAAUCACCCUCGCAACCACCCUGUACCAUCUCAUCCUGACCUCAUACGUACAUGUACUGACCAGAAAUUGCGACCGCGUCACAGUACUGUCACGCGAAGAAGCAGGCCAACAGCACCCAAGAGGGAUCUGGUUGUGCCGUAAGCUCUCAACGCCCAGGUCGGAGGCCUUUGGGCUUCUGUAUCCGCAACAGCGAUGGCGACAUUCGGCACCGAGCUGCUUAACGUUGUCAAUCGCUUGCAGGACUUGGUCUUCAACACUAUAGGAAACGAUUCGCUGGACCUGCCACAGAUCGUCGUGGUUGGGUCGCAGUCUUCGGGCAAGUCUUCGGUACUCGAGAACAUCGUGGGCAGAGACUUCCUACCUCGAGGUAGCGGUAUCGUAACGCGAAGACCGCUCAUCCUUCAGCUCAUCAACAUCCCCUCUGAGCGCGACGACCAGGGUGCAGAUCACGAAGUGAAUGUUCCGCACACUCCGGCUUCAGUGGCCGGUCAUGAUGAAUUUGCAGAAUUCGGCCAUAUCCCAGGACGAAGAUUCUACGAUUUCACCGAGGUGCGAAGAGAGAUCGAGAAUGAAACGUCGAGGAUAGCAGGAAGCAAUAAGGGCAUUAACAGGCAGCCGAUCAACCUGAAGAUCUACUCGCCGCAUGUUCUGAGCUUGACACUGGUGGAUCUACCUGGCUUAACGAAGGUGCCGAUUGGCGACCAGCCUACAGACAUCGAAAAGCAGACCCGAAACCUCAUCUCAGAGUAUAUCGCCAAGCCAAACAGCAUUAUUCUUGCAGUGUCGCCGGCGAAUGUGGAUAUUGUAAACUCCGAAGCGUUGAAAUUGGCAAGAUGGGUAGAUCCAACUGGCAAGCGUACCAUUGGCGUGCUCACCAAGCUGGAUCUUAUGGACCAUGGCACGAACGCCCUUGACAUCCUUUCAGGCCGCGUCUAUCCCCUCAAGCUUGGGUUCAUCGGCGUAGUGAAUCGGUCACAGCAAGACAUCCAGUCCAACAAGCCCAUGUCUGAAGCUCUAUCAUCUGAGCGCGACUUCUUCCGCAUGCAUCCCGCUUACCGAAACAUUGCCUCACGAUGCGGUACGCAGUUUCUGGCUAAGACGCUCAACGUUACUCUCAUGGGCCAUAUUCGCGAACGGCUACCGGAUAUCAAAGCGCGCCUCAACACACUCAUGGGCCAGACACAGCAGGAGCUGGCAUCCUACGGCACCGACGCUUUCACGGGCAAGGAACACCGUGGCUCGCUCAUACUCCAACUCAUGACGCGCUUUGCGACAUCCUUCAUAUCCUCCAUUGAUGGCACAUCUUCCGAGAUCAGUACAAAGGAGCUUUGUGGUGGUGCGCGCAUAUACUACAUCUUCAACUCCGUCUUCGGCAAUUCCCUUGAGACGAUCAAUCCUACGCACAAUCUCUCCGUUUUGGACAUCCGAACCGCGAUCCGCAACUCAACUGGCCCCCGACCAUCACUGUUUGUGCCCGAACUAGCAUUCGACCUCCUGGUCAAGCCUCAGAUCAAGCUAUUAGAACUACCCAGCCAAAGGUGUGUAGAGCUAGUUUACGAGGAGCUCAUUAAAAUCGCACACACUUGCGGUUCGAACGAGCUGUCACGGUACCCAAGGCUACAGGGCAAGCUUAUCGAGGUAGUCUCGGAUCUUCUCCGCGAACGACUUGGCCCUUCAUCGUUCUAUGUCGAGAGCUUGAUCUCGAUACAGCGAGCAUACAUCAACACCAACCAUCCAAACUUCCUAGGCGCCGCUGCAGCUAUGGGCAGCGUGAUGCAAGACAAGCACGAGCGGGAGAAGAAGGUCGCAGCCGCGGAGGAGAAGCGAAAGCGGGAAGCACGAAGACGGAAAGAACUGAAUGGUGUCAAUGGCACAGAAACCCCAGAAGAUGACGAAGAAGAACAGCAAGCGACGACAUUGCCCAUGCGGACCGCUGCCAAAUUGAAGGAUGGCCGUAGUACGUCACCCGCAGUUAGCAGGGAUGGGUACCCGUUGAGGCAUGCAGUGACUGCGCCUGGCAGCGCGGCGGACGCAAACGGCGGCAGGGACAGCUUCCUGAACUACUUCUUCGGCAAGGAGAACGGGCUACCUAACAAUCCAUUGCCCGGUCAAAGUCUGGCGGGGGUGAUGCCGGGCAUGCCUGGAGGGAGCAGACAUGUCAGCCAGAACAUUGAGCCGAGCAUCGCCGCCAGCUUCAGAAGGGGCGACACCAGGCCGGCGAGCAUGCCUGAGAUGCCUGUAGAUGAGUCGGUUGAGGACCACGAUAUGGGCGACCCAUCCGGCGCCCCCGCCCUCACCGAACGCGAAGCGCUCGAGACCGAACUUAUUCGCCGCCUCAUCAGCAGCUACUUCAACAUCGUGCGUGAGACCAUUGCCGACCAAGUGCCCAAAGCCGUCAUGCACCUCCUCGUCAACCACAGCAAAGACGUCGUGCAAAACCGUCUCGUUAGCGAGCUGUACAAGGAGAAUCUGUUUGAGGAGUUGCUGUAUGAAGACGAUGCCGUACGGCAGGAGCGGGAGAAGUGCGAGAAGCUGCUGAAUACGUAUAGGGAGGCGGCGAAGAUCAUUGGGGAGGUGUUGUAACGGUUAUGUAUGAGCGUGGAAUGUAUGGUAGGAUUGGGUGGAGGGGGAUUGUACUCUGCUUAGAUUGUGCAUCCGUCGGACGCAAACGGUGGGUGGCGCUGGGGCGUCAAGGACUCUGCUCCGUAGCAAGGCCGCUGAAGGUCUAGCUGCUCCAGGACGCUAAAAGGUUUGGCUUGUAUACUACCAGACGUGCUGCUUGAAACGGCGAA